UCACUGAUCAAAGUUUACCCGUUUCUCAGCCUCAGUACCGUAGGUUAGUUCGAGUGCAAGUAAAAAGCAUUUAUGGAAAUAAUUUAGCACUUAAGAAGUGUACAUUUCUAUGGUUGAUCAUAAUAACUGUCCAAGGACCAAAUGCAAUGGAGGGGUUCGAUCUCGUGCCUGUAGACGGUGGCAGUCCUAUACACCUGCCCGUGGGGGAGACACUGCUGGGAAGGGGUCCAUUCCUCGGCGUCAGUGACAAAAGAGUCUCCAGACACCACGGCCUUCUUGAGAACCUGAAUGGCCAGCUGCGCAUCAAACCUAAACAGUCAAGCUCUUCAAGAUGAAGACGAGGCUGUUAUUAAGUUUCCUACUGCCUCUCCUGAACCAAGCGACAAACCUGCUUACCCCACUCGACAGGGCAAGGGGUGGACACCAAGCUCCCAUGUACAAGAAUCUAGACUGGGAGGUAGUGUGGACCAGAAGGAGCCAGAUGAACAGCUACCCAACGCACCUACCUCAAACCAGACGGAAGCUGGGGUAGCUGAAGCAGAAAAUGACAAGAACGAGCAGAAACUCGAACCAAAGAAAAGAGUGUUACCUGCUUGGAUGACGGUACCCAUUGCAGUUCCCAAGAACCCCACCACCACCACCACCACCACCACCACCACCACCACCACCAAAGGCAUUUAAAGCCAGGCAGCCGGUGAAGCCUAGUAAAGUAGAGGAGAGCGAGGAGUCGGACCACUCUGACGUGGAGGAGGAGGAUGAUGAAGAGAAGAGGAGAAGAAGCUUCCACAGUGAAAGACAGCAGCACUUCUACGAGCAGAGCGGAGGUCAGCGAGUCCGAGGACAGAGGGAGACAGCCUCAGAACAGUCAGAAGGUCGGCAAGGGGCCUCAGGGGUCAAGUGAAGUUUCAGGCCCCGCCCAGUCCAAAGCUUGGCUCAGGACGACCUGCCCCUUUGAAAAGGACUGUUACAGGAAAAACCCAGUCCACUUCCAAGAAUGCAGUCACCCCGGGGACAGCGACUACGAGGACGAUUCCGCGAAAGACGAGAAGGAAGAGGAGGACGCGGACCGACCUGAGUGUCCGUACGGCACAGACUGCUACAGGAAAAACCCUCUUCACUGGAAGGAAUACAAACACACCAAGAAGACUCGAGCGAAAAAGCCGGUAUCAUACAACAACAAUGAUGAUGAGUUUGGGGACGAUGACAGCUUCCUCAAUGAUGAGAGCGAGGACAUAAGUGAAGACUCUGACUAUGAGCCACCUGACUCAGACGACAGUGGCAAGGAGGACCUCAAAAGGCUCAAGAAAGAAGCCAAGGCCUUCACAAAUCUGAAAUGAACUAUUGGCCUAAACUUGACUAAUCUCCCCUUGCCUGUUUUAAACUAAGCAUGCUAUUUAAGCAGGGUUGAAGCGCAUUUGGGUAUACCCUUUUUCCUCUUUAAACACACUUGGAAUCCAGCAGGUCUAGAAUCUCAAAUAAUAUUAGUCUCCCUGUGCUGGGAAAAUAGUCAGCAAUUUACCCCAUCAGUUGGGAAGAAUCAAUAAUAGAAUUCGUGACUGAUUUAAAUUGUUUGUGUAUGAUGAUGUCAUAUUGCUGACUUUACCUUUUUUAAAGUAUUUUAAUUUAUGUGUAAUACUUUCUUGGAUAGUAAUUCAUCACUAGCAUUUUUGAGGUGUAGGUAUUCUUGAUUAUUGGUUUGUUUGAUUAGUAUGGACAAGCAGUUACAUUUUUUUUUUUUUAUCCUUUAAAAAUCAUUGAUCGGUGCCUUCAGAAAGUUUUCACACCCCUUGAUUUUUUCACAUUUUGUAGUUAUAAAGUGCAAUUAAAUUGUCAUUUUUUGGUCAACUAUCUACACAAAAUGUUUUGUAAUUUCAAAGAAAAAUGCUAAAUGUAGUAUUUAUUAAGGGUAAGUCUCUAAGAGCUUUGCACACCAGUAUUGUGCAAUAUUUGCCCAUUAUUCUUAAAAAAAUGAUUCAAGCUCUGUCAAGUUGGUUGU